AUGUAUAGUACAACGAAAACAAGGAUCUCCCCUCGGGAUCAAAGCGACCCGAAUCAACCGAAACUUUCCCGAGACUUUCCACGCAAAGUUUCCCGCGCCCAAGGCCGCCUCGGACCCGAAUCGCGUACAUCGUACUCUAUCAGCAGUAAUCACCCCGUGCCCAGAUUCAUCUCCAGAGGAAACACCUUCAAAGUCGUCACCGGCGAUACGGUUGUUUUGCCCUGCGAAAUACAGAAUUUGGCCGGGACAAUAAUAAAAUUCGGGAGAAGCCGCAGGAAAAGGGUGGUGGCUGAACAACCGUUCUAG